AAAUAUGCCGAAAGUCGUUUUGCAUUAUUUCCCCCUCAAGGCUCUGGGCGAGUCAGCUCGUCUCCUACUUGCGUAUGGUGGACAGGAAUUCGAAGAUAAACGCGUCUCAAUGGAAGAUUGGCCAGCAUACAAACCAUCCACUCCAUUCGGUCAAAUGCCGGUGCUGGAGAUCGAUGGCAAGCAAUACGCUCAGAGUAUGGCCAUCGCGCGCUACCUCGGACGCAAGUACGGUCUCUCAGGCCAGGACAUCGAAGUGGACUUCGAGAUCGACCAGAACAUCGAGUUUGUGAACGACAUACGUGCGAAAGCGGCAUCCGUACACUAUGAGCCAGAUGAGGCGAUCAAAGAAAAGAAACACGAGGACUUCGUGAAGAAUCAAUAUCCGUUUUUGAUUGGCAAACUCGACGAGAUGAUCAAGAAGAACAAGGGCCACAUUGCUGCUGGAAAGCUCACGUGGGCCGAUUUCGUCUUCGCUGGUAUGUUUGACUAUCUGAAGGUAAUGCUUCGUAUGCCCGAUCUGGAACAAAAGUAUCCAAGCUUCAAGCAAGUGAUUGACGCGGUAUACGCCGAUGCUAAAGUGAAGGCUUACAGUGAAAAUGUACCCAAGGCAGAUGUCAACUUCUAAAAUAAAAUUGCUAUUAAGUAAUAGUUAGCACUUAAAGUGAUAACUAUUUCUGUCAUGUCGAAUUGUUUUUAAUCACUUGUCGGAUCAUAGUGGUCGAAGAAAUUGACUGACUAGCCAUUUGGAUCACUUUCGAUCACCAUGAUCCUACAACAACGAUUUUGAUAAAUUUAACCAAUCUAAA